AUGAGACUGAAUAACAUUAUAUUGUUGGCAGCCGCGGCAGGGUCCGCAUUGGCAGCUCCUUCCAAACAUGCAAAGAGGGCUUCUUCUUUCGAAUGGUUUGGAACAAGUGAGUCUGGGGCUGAGUUUGGUUCCGGCAAUCUCCCUGGUGUCUGGGGAACCGACUUUAUCUUCCCGGAUACUAGUACCAUCCAGACGUUGAUCAAUGAUGGCAUGAACAUCUUCAGAGUCCAGUUCCUGAUGGAACGGCUGACGCCCAACGGCAUGACUGGCUCUUUUGACAGCGCCUAUUUGAAGAACCUGACCACGGUGGUGGACUAUAUCACUCAAGCCGGCGCUCAUGCUGUCAUUGACCCCCACAACUAUGGGAGAUUCAAUGGCGCGAUUAUCUCGAGUACCUCGGACUUCCAGACUUUCUGGACGAAUGUUGCCGGCCAGUUCAAAUCAAACAACCUUGUUAUCUUUGACACGAACAAUGAGUAUCACGAUAUGGAUCAAACCUUAGUGCUUGAUCUCAACCAAGCAGCUAUCAACGGUAUCCGUGCUGCGGGCGCUACAUCGCAAUACAUCUUCGUCGAGGGCAACUCGUACACAGGCGCCUGGACCUGGACCACCGUGAACGACAACUUGAAGGCUUUGACAGACCCACAAGACAAGAUUGUCUACGAGAUGCAUCAGUACCUCGACUCUGAUGGCUCUGGUACCAGCGAAACAUGUGUCUCAACAACGAUCGGCCAGGAGCGAGUCGCCAAUGCGACGCAGUGGCUAAUUGACAAUGGCAAGGUCGGUGUACUAGGUGAGUUCGCCGGAGGUGUCAAUGACCAGUGCAAGACUGCUAUCACGGGCAUGCUGGACUAUCUCGGGGAGAACUCAAAUGUGUGGAAGGGCGCCAUGUGGUGGGCGGCUGGGCCUUGGUGGGGAACGUAUAUUUACGGCAUGGAGCCUCCAAGUGGUGUCGCUUAUACUGGAAUGCUGUCGACUCUGCAGCCGUACUUUGCGUGA